UUACACGGGCGGGGACCGCUUCAUCAUCAAGUUCGAAGGCAAUGGUGCUCACCGAGAAAUCUUCCAAGGAAGAUGCUGAUGCUGGGACAGAGGCGGGAGAGGGAGAGAGAGAGACUGACAAGGUGGAUAGAACAGAAGGAGUUCAGAAGGUUCGUGCAGCAGGUGUUUACCUACAUCAACUCGGGGGUAUCAGCAGCAAGCCCCCCAGCAGACCCCGCAACUCCUUCAGCAGAGGCAGCGUCGACUUCAAAACAGUUACUCGAGUGCAAAGCAGCUUUCAGGCAAAGGAACACAAAGAAGAAAUCUGCACACAUGAGGCAUCUAUCCACAAAGUAUCUGAAUUAUUUGAGGAUAUUUCUGAUGAUGAAAUGCUAGAUAAUGGAGGAUUAGAUGAAGAUCUGGAUGAAGGGGUUUUGAAAGCCUAUGAUCGUACAGGGAAAACCAAGUAUAAACAAGCAUGUGAAACAUAUGGUGUGGUACCAAUCUCUUCCUUCCUGCGGAACAUGAAUCAAACAGAACUCGUUAUGAUGCAUUAUGGGCUUGGCCCUCAGGGUGCCAAGGCCAUUUCUGUUUCUCUGAUAACCAACACAUCAAUCACCAAGUUAAAUCUGAAGGAUAACUGGUUGGAGGCAGAGGGUGCCAGAGCUAUUGCAGAAAUGCUGAUGGAAAAUUGUUACAUUACAGAUGUUGACUUAUCAGACAACCAGUUGGGAGUUGAUGGGGCUAAAGCAAUUUCCUCCAUGCUCAUGGAAAAUAUAACACUCUUGCGAGCUACCCUUUCUGGGAACUAUUUUGAUGAUCAGGCUGCUGAGCACCUGGCUGAGGCCAUAAGCACUUCACAUAAAUUGAAAUACUUGGAUCUAAGUCACAACAAAAUCGGCAAUACGUUAGGUGAAGAACUUGGAAAUGCUUUAGCAGAUAACAGUGGGAUAAUGGAAUUGGACCUAAGUUGGAAUUUUCUACGUGGGAAGGCUUGUACAGCAGUAGCAGAAGGCCUCAGCGAUAAUAUUUAUCUGAAAGUACUGAAUUUGUCCUAUAAUGGAUUUGGGAAUGAGGGUGCAAAAGCCCUUGGCAACGCUCUUAAAGUUAAUAAUGUGCUUGAGCAACUGAAUAUCAGUAAUAAUCGUAUUUCUCCAGAAGGAGCAGUAUGGUUAUCAAUGGGACUGAGAAACAAUAACACACUAAUUGUACUUAAUAUGGCCCGAAAUCCAAUGCAGAGUGCUGGCUGUUACGGGAUAUUGAAAGCUUUAAAAGAAAAUCCGAAAAGUGCCAUAGAAUCUUUGGAUUUCUCUGAUAUUCGAGUUAACAAGGAUUUUGAGGAUUUAUUCAAUGAUGUAAAACAACAUGUACCAAAGCUUGUAGUGAAACAUGAGAAAAAUGCAGAUCUGUUCAAAAAACCAAGAUCUAAGGCCGAUCCCCUUACUAAACUGAAAGAAUUCAUGAAGGUGCACCAUCUACAGUUGGAACAUUUCUUAGACAACUUCGAUAUAACUGAGAACCGAUUUAUUAAUUUAAAGGAGUUCCGGACAUCACUGGAGAAUGCUAAAGUCCCUUUGAAUGAUGUUGAACAGGAUAAGCUGAUGAUUCUGUUGGACAAAGAUAAGGAAGGGGAAAUUGAUUUCAGUGAUUUGAAUGAUUUGCUACUAGGCACUAAUUUCGGUGCAAGCAAAGUCUUUCGUAACUAGAUGCCCAAAAGAAUGGCUUCAUAACAAGAGAAUACUUAAGAAUUUGUUUGUAAGGACAUGAAAGCAAAUACAUGUUUUGUUGUAGCACUAGCCAUGCAUUGGUCACCUUUCGGUCCUUAAGGAGAUACUUAAUGUAUUUUUAGCAAACCUUUACUUUUCUGGUCAAAAUGGAGAAAAGGGCAUUUCAAAUUGUGUCAAUGUUUAGAUUUUUGGAAAUAU